AUGGCGGAUGUACCUUUGAAGACCAAUCUCCCGCGUAAGAGCGCCUUCUCCUGCGAGGCCUGCCGCAAACGCAAGGUCAAAUGUAACGGAGCCAGUCCGUCGUGUUCACGAUGUGCAGCUCGUGGCGAAGUAUGCGUAUAUAGCUUGACCCCGACUUUGUCAUACACAAAACAACUCGAGUCUCGCGUCGCCGAGCUCGAGGAGGCUCUGUCUAAGCUGGUGGGCCAGCAUUCUUCCGAAGCGAGCAGUGUCAAGGGCGAAUCGCCUGCAUCGCCGGCUGAGGCUAACGCCAGCCCUUCUCGUCGUAUAAAGAUAGUGGAUGGCGGCACAGAUAACCUCGAUUUGAUCAAGGAGUUCGAAGGCCUGAAGGUCGAACGGGAUGGUCGAGUGUCGUUUCAUGGACCGACCAGCUUGUUUCAGCUGCCGAGCAGUGCGACUGAGCGCGCAUCGCCGAGUGUCCGCCGUGUGAAGGAUCUCGGGGCCAGCAGGGAACGGCUAAUCAACAAUGCGUGGAGGGAGAGAGCUUUCGAGCAGUUAUCUGCUAUCCCGGAGCCCUUUCAAUACCUUCUUGAUUCGCACUGGUGCUGGAUUCAGCCGCUUUUUAAUUUUGUCUAUCGACCUGCAUUUACUCGUGAUAUGAAAAUCAACGGGCCGUAUUACUCGGAUGUCCUCUUAAACGCAAUACUUUCGCACUCGGUACGAUGGUGCAGGGCGGACCCUACCAUCGGGCCAUUGCUCGACCCGUUCGAAGGUGGCGCGCAAUUCCAUCAGCGUGCCGUGUCGGGAGUCCUUGACUCGUUGAGUACCGGUUAUGCUGGGAUUCCUACGGUUCAGACAUUGCUUCUCCUCAGUGCGCAAGAAUGCGGGCAAGGGAACAGAACCCAGGCGUGGCUAUAUAGCGGGAUGGCGUUUCGAUUGUUGGAUGACCUAGGAAUAUCCAUCGAUAGUCGCAAGUAUUCCGGAUCAGCUCACCUGACCGACGAGGACAUCGAGACCCGAAACAGACUUUUCUGGAGCUGUUAUUUCUGGGAUAAGAUGAUCUCCUUAUACUUCGGCAGGGCUCCUAUCAUGCAACACUCGAGUGUCAGUCCGCCAAGGAGAAUAUUGGACGACACGUCUGAGAUCGAGAUUUGGACACCUCAUGGGAUUGUCUUCCCAGAGGGCACCCAUUACCCGCCUACGCAGGCGCAUUCAACCUCAUGUUUCAUGAAGAUGUGUAGCCUGACGGAGAUUCUCAAUCAAAUUCUGAUUCACAUCUACGACCCUGUACGGAAGAGCAGUGAAUCGGAAUUCUACAGCUGCAUACAGGAUCAAGCCAAAAACUUGACGGAAUGGUGGGAAGAGCUACCCAGUUAUCUGAAACUGGUUGCUACCGAUCUUCCUCCUUAUUGUCCCCCAAGUCAUAUUGCCCUCAUUAAUUGCUUAUACCACACCAUAAACAUUCUGUUGCAUCGUCCUGUUCUCUGUUCGAAAAUAAAGCCCGAGAUGUAUGACCAGAGCCAUCUAGUCCAGUGCAUGUCGUCGGCAACUACGAUAAUAUCCAUCUUUGAUCUUUUCCGCCGCACAUUCGGUGACAGCCAUGUCGUCCUUUCCCUCGCGUACAGCAUCUACACAGCAGCGUCGAUAUUCCUACUGGAGAUCCAAGCUCUAAAGCACGCAGCGCCAAUGACCCUUGAGAAUCUAAGAUUUUGUGUCUUUGCUUUAGAACGAAUCAAAAUCUCAAAUCCGGUCAUAGCAACAGCCCUCAACCUCAUCUACCAAGAACUCGAAAAACUUCACAUCGACCUCUACACAAUGCCACCAAACCAGCCGACGGCACAUCUCUCCCACCACCAACAACAGCAGCAACGUCACAGCCAAUCCCCAACCCGCCACCACCACCACCAGCACGACUCUCACUCUCACAGUGUAUCCCCCAUACCACAGCAUGCGGCAGCAAGGACCCCGAUCACAGUCGCGGACCCCGUCUCUGCUGCUCCCCCGAUCCACCCACCGUACGCAUACCCACCACCUCCAGGCCCGUCUCCAGGCCCGUCGAUGGUAGACACCUCCCACAUGGACGCGGCACACCAUCUGAGCGAGAUGUCGAUGGGCGUGAACCGCUCAACGUCUUCGUACGAGAUCGCGCCUGAAGUCUUCGAGGCUUUUUCAUACACUGAACCUAUCACGACGAAUAUGACCCCAUAUAAUCCUGCAUGGAUUGGACCUUGA